AUGGCUGCCACUGUCAAUGUCGAGAACAUCUCCACCAAGACUAGCGAGGAUGAGAUCAAGAGCUUCUUCUCCUUCUGCGGAAAGAUCCAGUCGCUCAGCGUAAAGCCCUCGGGCGACGACACACAAUCGGCUUCCGUCACCUUCGAGAAGGCCGCCGCCGCAAAGACCGCCCUCCUCCUCGACAACACCCAGCUCGGACACAACUCGGUCCAGGUCACUUCAGCUAAGAGCAUCGACGAGAUUGCCGGCGAGAAGUCUGCUUCUGCCGAGGAGGCCAAGGACGGCGACCACCACAUCGAGCAGGAACAGAAGCCUCGCGCACGCAUCAUCGCCGAGUAUCUCGCCCACGGCUAUGCCAUCUCCGACAAGGCCAUCGAGAAGGCUCUUGCAGCAGACAAGCAGAACGGCUACAGCACCAAGUUCAUGAACAUCCUCAACAACUUCGAUCAGAAGACCCAGGCUACACAGAAGGCACAAGUCGUCGACCAGAAGCUGGGUGUAACAAACAAAGGCUACGCUGCCUUCAACAUGAUGACCAGCUACUUCGACAAGGCUGCAUCCACACCUACCGGACAGAAGCUCCGUGCUUUCUACGACCAGGGAAACAAGACCGUCAUGGACGUGCACAACGAGGCCAGGCAUUUGGCGGACCUUAAGAAGCAGAAGCCCGCUGGUGAGGAGGGUGCUGCCGCUACGGCUGAGAGCAGCGAGAAGCCCGCCCAAGGUGGAAACGAAAAGGGUGCAGACUCUUACGCUGCUGCUGCCGCUCCCACUUCCUAG